AUGGCUGCCACCAAGUGGGAAAUAGGAAUCCUCUUCCUCACUCAGCUGGGAGUGGGAAUCCUUGCAAACGCCUCUCUCCUGUGUCUUUAUAACUUCACACUUCUCACUGGACACAAGGUGAGACCCACAGACUUGAUUCUCAAUCAACUGGUCUUAGCCAACUCCUUGGUGCUUUUAUUGAGAGGGAUCCCUCAGGCCAUGGCAGCCUUUAGAUCAAAAUAUUUCCUGAAUGAGACUGGAUGUAAACUUCUUUUCUAUUUCCAUAGAGUGGCCAGAGGGGUUUCCCUCAGCACUACCACACUUCUUGGUGUCUUUCAGACCAUUAAACUAUGUUCCAAUUUCUCUAGGUGGCUGGAGCUCAGAAUAAGAUCCCCAAUGUUCAUUGGUUUCUGCUGUCUCCUUUGCUGGAUCCUGCAUCUGUUGGUAAAUAUUUUUGUUCCUAUCAAAAUGAUUAGUCCUAUGAGUGGCAAAAAUUUUAGUGUGAGAGUAAGUUAUGGAUACUGUUCCUCACUCAAUCCAGACAGAUUUCUCCAAUUUGUGGUUGUAGCAAUAUUCUUCAUAACUGAUUUUGUGUGUUUGAGUCUCAUGGCCUGGGCCAGUGGCUCAGUGGUCCUUUUCCUGCUCAGGCACAAACAGCGAGUCCAACACAUUCACAGCCACAGCCUUGCUCCCAGACCUUCUCCCGAGGCCAGGGCCACUUGUACCAUUUUGAUCCUUGUGAGUGCUUUUCUCUUCUUUUACUCACUGUCUUCUCUUUUGUUUGUUUGGAUGGCUCUAUUUGCUAUUCCAGGCCAGUGGCUGGUGGAUGCCUCUAUGUUUUUGUCUUCAUGUUUCCCAACAUUCAGCCCUUUUGUGCUCAUUUUCAGUGAUACUCGCAUCUCUCGAUAUUCUCAUCGGUCAGUGGAUCAGAGUUCCCCCUUUCCACCCAAGGGGCCUCCAGGGGGCGCCCGCCCGGGUUCCGGGAGCGGCGCGGGCCGCGAGCUGCCCCGAGGGCGCCCCGAAGGACAGCAGGGAGCUGCGGGGUCCUCCCGGCAGGGCUCCCCCGGAACUCUCAGGAUCCAGGCGCCGGGUUUCCGCCGCGGAUCCCAGGGGCGAAGGCCCCUCCCACUUCGGGCCGCAUACCUGGCCUGUGUGCGCGGAGGCCAAAUCCCGAUCUUUGCGGGCGACCGGCGGGAGGCGCCCUGUUGGCUGGGAUCCGGCGAGUUCUCGGCCCCUGUCGGCGGGAACGGACUGUACACUUUGCCCAAGGCUUCUUCGAGCCUUGGUGCUCGACUCACAGGGGUCGUUUCCGGCCUGGAGGCUGUUCUCUCCCGUCCUGACCCCAGCCCCUAA